AUCCCUACCUAAACUAAUCCACCAAGAACAACACCUCCUAGUCAUCCAUACCCUUUACGCAUCUUGUACCCCACACAUCGUUGUGAUACACACAUAAUUACUCAUAAGAUAUAUAAAUACAUAUGCAUGUAAUAUAAGGUGAUCCAUAUCAAUAAACAAAAAAGAUGUCGGAUAUGCAGGAUACGAUGCUGCUGGGCUUGGAGGGAAUCAAGAAAACCAUCCUGCAUGGAGGCACCGGAGACAUCCCAAAACUCAUCACUGGGACAAAGGUGACGUUUCACUUUCGCACCCAAUUGUGUGAUGAUGAACGUACAGUGAUAGAUGACAGCAAAGUGGCGGGGACGCCCAUGGAGAUAGUGAUCGGCAACAUGUUUAAGCUGGACAUCUGGGAGACCCUGUUGUCCUCCUUGAGGAUCGGUGAGGUGGCUGAAUUCUGGUGUGACACCAUUCACACUGGCGUUUAUCCACUUGUGUCCAAGAGUAUGAGGCGCAUUGCAGAGGGCAAAGACCCAGUUGAAUGGCACAUCCAUACAUGUGGUAUGGCCAACAUGUUCGCCUACCACAGCCUUGGCUACGACGACCUGGAUGAGCUGAUGAAGGAACCGAAACCCCUCUACUUUGUCCUGGAGCUGCUCAGGGUGCAGCAGCCCAGUGAGUACAGCAGGGACACGUGGGCUUUGAGUGAUGAGGAGAGGCUGAAAGUGGUCCCUGUGCUGCACGGCCACGGGAAUAAGCUCUACAAACAAGGUCACUACCAACAGGCCACACAAAAGUACAAGGAGGCCAUCAUCUGCAUCAAGAAUGUUCAGACAAAGGAGAAAGCAUGGGAGGCCCAAUGGCUGAAGCUGGAGAAGAUGGCCAACACCUUAACGCUCAACUACUGCCAGUGUCUACUGCGCAUGGAAGAAUACUACGAAGCCAUCGAGCACACUACUGACAUCAUCAACCAGAACCCAGGUGUAAUGAAGGCCUUCUACCUGCGAGGGAAGGCCCACGUGGAAGUGUGGAACGAGGCGGAGGCUCGGCAGGAUUUCAGCAGGGUGCUGGACCUGGACCCCGGCAUGAAGAAGGCCGUCAAGAGAGAGCUGGCUGUGCUUAAUAUGCGCAUGGAGGAAAAGAACCAGGAGGACAAGAUCAAGUACAAAGGCAUGUUUUGACCAGGAGAGACUGCAGCAGAGGUUGGAGCAUCAGAGAAGUGAUGGGCUAAAGAAGAGUGAAGUUAUUAAAUCACAAAUCCCCAUCCUCAAUUUGACCUUUAACCACACUACACCCUACUCCCUGCAUCGACUUUCGUCAUGGCUUUGAGAUGCUCCUAGUAGUGUGGAAGAGAGUGCCCAAUAAAAUAAUAGUGGUUUAUUAAAUCAGGAUGUUAUAUAAGCCGCUCCCUUUCGGCUCCCCUCUUUCCUUUUCCUCCGAACUAUGAGUGAGACAACCUAGUAAAUUAAAG